UAUGGCUGCUGCCGAAGAUGGUUCUUACUAUGGAACCUGGAGGAUUGUAGAAUGUGUGUCGUUAGCUGGGACGGUAGAAACCACCGGUAUUGAAGGAACUGAAUUUCAUCUUGAUGAAAAUGGAGAUGUUUCCUGGAAAAUUUCUGAAGAUGCUGAGCCCAUGCCUUUCUUCAACUGUGAAACAUACGAGGUUACACCCCAAGCAGGCACUUCUCCAGCUUUGCUGAAAUUCAUAUGGACUUACGAAGGACAUGUUAUUGAGUUCAGGGUGGAAGUAGCCGAUGACCUGAUGUUGCUGACGUAUGAGCGAUGUUGUAUGCUGCAGUGUCAAAAGGUUUCGUCAAAUGAUCCAAGAGCCGAAGAGCCGUUUUCAUUGCUUGGAGCACUUGAAGAAGGAUAUUUCUCUGAUCUUGUGGUGAAGGCAGACUCUGGAAGAGAGUUUAAAGUGCAUUCUGUAAUACUUCAGCUGAGUUGUCCGGAGAUGGACUGGUCGUCUAACCCACCUCCACUGACCGGUCUGAAAGCCGAUGUCCUGGAGGCGACGCUACACUAUCUGUAUGCUGAGUGUUUGCCGAGGGGCCUGUCGGAGGAUACGGCUAAAGCCUGUAUCAAGUCGGUCGGCAAGCUGCCUGGCUUCGUGCGAUUCUCCGAUCUCUGUGAUACGUUUCUUAAGAAUGCUGCACUGAAACAACAAAUAAUUAGUCUGAUUACCGACAUGCAUGGCUGCGCCGAUAGAAUUAUUGAACUAUUUACUGUCAAGGGAGCUAACUCUGUGGAGGGUCAUUUUGCCGUGGACUCCAGUCUAGUGUCCAACCCAGCCAAACUGUGUUAUGUUGUCCGACAGGCACUCAGAGAAGCAGCUGUUGCCUGUGCCAAGCUCUUGAUUCUGUGUGAUUUAUUUUCCAAGAGAAAGGGUGAGCUGUCGAGGGAGGAGAGACACGAAAUAAUGAAAUAUGCCAAGUCACGACUGCCUAUUUUUAUGAACCAGUUGCACAGGUUUCUAGAGGUCUGCAAGGAGCAUGCUGACCAGUUGAGUGUUGCGCAGAGGGAGGAAAUAGCAAAUUACUUAGUCCCAGAGCUGGAAGUGACUCUGGAGAUGAUGUCCAAGUUUGCCAUGGAGACGAAGGCAGCCUUAGAACAGAUCAUUUCUGCGAGCAAUGCGGUCGAGAAGUCUGACCGGGGCGACAAAUACAAGAAGAGUCACAUGGGCGAUGUUCUUGGCAAGGCUCUGAGAAAUGCACUACAUAUUAAAGAACUAAAGAAACUGAAAAGUUUUCAUGACAGAACAACCACAAGUUUUAUGCAUUUAAUGCAAAGAAAAGAGCAUUUUUGUUUGAUGACACAGAGGGAAAAAGUGCGAGCGACUUCAAAAAAUCUAGAACAGUUAGCUGAUGAGGUGCCACAUUUUCUUACUCGGUUGAAGGAAUUGAUGUCCGCUCUUGAUGAGAAAGUGACGUGGAGAGAAUGGAAGUACCUUUUUAAACUGGGCACUUCAAAAGUUGCCUGGGGUUUAGGGAAGGUUUUGUCGAACAAGUCGACGAUGCAGUCUCUCAUUGAUCAAGUCUGUGAUAUGGCGAACAGAGAGCAGUUCACGAUGUCGCUGGCAGCGCUCGGUCUCGUCACCACGGAGCCGAGUCCAGAGGGAGCCAGUAUCACCAGCAAAACAUCACAACCAGGUCUUACGAAAUAUGCACAGUUGAGUUCGAUAGAGUCAUUAUGUAUACCUCCACAUGCUCACGAUAGCCAGACAGCUAGCAAAGCUUUGAGUCUGUUAAAAACCGGGCACAAUACAGACAUGACGUUUGAAAUCCGAGCAGUCCAUGAUGGCGGUGACAUUGUGAUUGACCACACAAAGGGUGGGUCUGUGACGAGGGUGGAGGAGGGAGAGGUUGAGGUUGAGGAGGUUCGAGCCCACUGUGUGAUAAUAGCGGCCAGGUGUGACUGGUUCCGACGUGCUCUCCUCAGUGGUAUGAAGGAAUCAAUACACAAAAAAAUAACAGUACACGACACAAACCCUGAGUUAUUCCAGCUGUUUUUAGAAUAUCUGUACAGUGGCCACUUAGAAACCAGUGAACUGUCCACAGAACAGCUAGCCGACAUGAUGACCCUCUGUGAUAGAUACGAGACUGACAGUGUGAAAUCUCUGUGUGAGCAUGCACUUAAAGACCAUGUUGACGACGAGACGGCUCUCUAUUUGCUCAGUCUGACUGAUCAGCUUCACUGUAAAACACUGAGGGAACACUGUCUGCAGUACAUAAUGGAACACCCUAGCUUGGCCGACAGUGAGGUGUUUGAGGACCUGCCCGAACAUUUACAGGCUGAAGUCGAGGACACGAUCGCCUGGCGGGGUCUGGAACCUCGAAGUUUCAGGUUACCUGGUGACCAUGUUGUGGAAACACCGAUUUCAGUUUCACCAUGUGGUGAUAGUGAAGUAGAUGAACUCAUGACCAACCUUGACCUUGGAGAUGCAGGCCAGGAUAUUUCCACAUCCAGCUCCUCGGAUGAGAUGCCUUUCAUGGAGGACUCGACGCGACUCGAGCGAUGUAUUGACGCACUGAAGGACAUAGUGGGCGACACGGUGCCGCGAGACGAGCUGGUUCGCGUGGCGCUGGCGGCCGACUACGACAUCAACAGAGCUCUCAACUUCUUCUUCUCAUAGCACAAACACAACCUAGUGUGUGAUUUUCACUUUUUUAUAAAACACUGUUAACAGUUUUAUUAAUAAUAAUAUAUGUGGUAUUUAUUCAACUCAGGCAAUUUCAUUUAAAUAAGAUGUUUUAGCCAGUUCUGAGAUGCGGUGAUAUCGAUAGAUUGAAGUGUUAUUGAUUCUGAAGUGUGAAAUGGUAUUACUGAGGUGGAUUUUUGGUUGUGUUUUUCUCCCAGUCCUAACGUGAAAUAAUAUACCAAGGUUUUACCAUUUCUGUAAUACCAUUUUUGAAAUGUAGAAUGGUGUACUGAAGUUUACCAUUUCAAAAAAUAUGAAAUGGUGUACUGAAGUGUUACCAUUUUGAAAAAUGUGAAAUGGUGUACUGAAGUUUUACCAUUUUGAAAAAUGUGAAAUUGUGUACUAAAGUGUUACCAUUUUGAAAAAUGUGGAAUGGUGUACUGAAGUUUUACCAUUUCGAAAAAUGUGAAAUGGAGUACUGAAGUUUUACCAUUUGUGAAAUGUGGAUGAAGAUUUUAUCAUUAAGAAUUGUGGAAUGGUAUAAUGAGGUUUAGUUUUCAAGAAUCGUGAACAAACUACUUUUCUUCACAUUCUGUAACAUGACCAUUAAACCUAAUUGCAAUUCCUCCUUUUCCCCAUGAUUCUAGUCAAUGCUUGGCUUUUGGGAUGUUUGGACCAGUCCAUUGGAAUAAAGGGGAAGUGCAGUAAAGAUCAGAGGUCAGGAUAAGUAUUCAUACAGCACUUAAAAUGUUUUCCUCAGUUAUUUGAUCUUAAAUUAUUAAAAUUCCUUUAUUGAAAAUUUAAAAAAUAACUUCUUGAGCACGAUUUCUGUUGGAAUAGGUGUUUAAGUCUGGUAAAUCAAAUACAUAUAAUAAUUUAUUUUAUUUUAUUUUAUAAUCUCUAUGAACCUUUAUGAAACAAUUUUUUCUGCAUUAAGUAAAUUUGGUUUACAUGUAUGAAAUAUUUUUCACUAUAUUUUAUAACUGCACUCAGAAUUGGGGUAUAUCAGCAGCUUGUAUUUGAACGUUGAUAAAACUUGUUAGGUUUUUCUUAGAUCUUCAUGAAUGUUUGUCAUCUCCCAGAUCACAGGCAAAAAAUAUUUAACAGAUAAUGAAUGAAUGAAUGAAUGAAUGAAUGAUAUCAAUUUGGUUACCUAUAUACACAUUCUAUAAAUAUUGAAACUGUGUAAAGGACUGUGGUUAAUAAUAAUUUCCCUAGCUUAAACCACAAAUUGACUACAGGAUUUCAAUCUAUCAAAGGCUGUGGUAUGUGUUCUCUUGUCUAUGGAAAAGGACAUGAAGGAUCCCUUGCUGCAAGUGGAAAAUUGUAGCAGUUUCUUCUGAUGACUGUGUCACAAUAACCAAAUAUUUGAUAUACAAUAGCCAAUGUUUAAUUAAUGUGCCCUAGUGGUAUCGUUAAACAAAACAAACUAACUUUACUAUUAUUAUUUAAAAAAUUCAGAACAUCUCAACAUGAACAGCAAAUCAGCUAUGAUUAGAAAAUUAGCAAUCCAGUUUUGAAAAUAAAUAGCUGGUUUAAACUGAAGUGGUAACAUUUAUUUUAUGCCCAUUAAGAAAACUCACUACUUCGUUGCAAACCAAAGUUUUAAAAAUCCUCAGUACCGCAGAAGAUAUUCAUUUCUUUAUAAUUGGGUGCAAAAAUGAAAGUGAUGGGUUUAUUUCAUGUUUUUGUAUUUAUACAAUUUCUUUAAUUUGGAAUAUUUACUCCUUUGUUUUAUUUUUGUGAAUGUCAUUAAUACUGUGAAGAUAUUUUUUUCUUUAGCAUUAUAUGCAGAAAUGAAAAUGGUGGCAUUAUUUUAUGUUUUUUGUAUGUACAAAGUGUACAUGUUGUUUAUACUAACUGCAAGAGUGGAGCAUUAGUUUAUGUUUACACUGUACAUAGUAAGCAUCUUGUACAGGUCUGUACAUAUUAUACACGUCUGAAUCAAAGUGAUUUUAACCAUAGCCUUUAUUUAUUUCCAUGUCUGCGACAUCUUUUGGAAAGGCAUUUUGUGAUUGUAUCUUUAAUGGUACAGAUUGUGUACCGUAACUCUCCAGAUUUGAAAAUUCACUGGCCAUGGUGAAAAAUUCACUUGCCCAAUUUUUACUGUUAAUAAAACAAAAAAACUGUAAAUAAAAAUAAUUAACUUUUUAAAUGUCCAUUUU